AUGGGACCGGCUCUGAGCUGCGAGCACCGUACCCCCGAAGGGGCAGGUGCGCAGAAGUCACGAGAAGGGGGUAUCCGUGCGGACGAACAACCCCGGAAAGAGGCGAUGGCUGGCGGGACUGGGGAGAGCGCUGCCCGCACUCCCGCCCUUGGCCGCCGCCGCAGCCUGCAGCCCGCGGUCCGCGCCACCUUUCCCGCGGCGGACCGCGGCACGCGGGCAGAGCGGCGGGGAAGGGCGGGAGCGCGGGCGCACCGGCGGGCCGCAGCCUCCAACGGCUCGGCUCGCUCUUGCAGCCGCAGCCGCCACGGCCAAGGCGACUUCCUGGGCAGCCGAAGUGACGGCUCAUCCAGGAUGUCUGGAAUCAUCGGAAGCUCAGAGCCAGGCCACCACCCCUCUCCACAGGACUACAGGCUCCUGGCUCCCACCAACCAUGAAGACCUCCCCGGGGACCUGCAGUCGCUGUCAUGGCUCACAGCUGUGGACGUGCCGCGGCUACAGCAGAUGACGAGCAAUCGCAUGGAAAUGGGCGGCCCUGGGGUGCCACAUCCACACGCGGGUGCCCUGGCCGGAUCAGCUGACCUGCAUGUGGGGGCCAGCCCAAGUCCUCUGCUCCACGGUCCAGCUGGCAUGGCUCCCCAAGGCUUGCUGGGCCUGGGCCCUGUAGCCAGCCAUGGAGUCAGAAUAAGCCAGCUCCCUGCAGGUGGCCAGCCCUCAUCCAACCUACAAGAUGCGCCCCAGCUAUAUCCAGCAGCCACCCAGCCACCAUUCCCGCUUCUGCCCCCAUCAGGGGCCCAGCAGUGCCCUCCUGGGGACCUCUAUGGCUCCCCAUUCGGGGUGCGGCCUCCCUACCCCCAACCCCACAUGGCUGUGCUGCCAGCUCAGGAACUGCGCCCUAAGCACUACCCCAAACCCAUCUACUCAUACAGCUGUCUCAUCGCCAUGGCCCUAAAGAACAGCAAGACAGGCAGCCUGCCUGUGAGCGAGAUCUAUAGCUUCAUGAAGGAGCACUUCCCCUAUUUCAAGACAGCUCCCGAUGGCUGGAAGAACUCGGUGCGGCACAACCUGUCCCUGAACAAGUGCUUCGAGAAGGUGGAGAACAAGACGGGUGGCUCGUCGCGCAAGGGCUGCCUGUGGGCCCUGAACCUGGCACGCAUCGACAAGAUGGAGGAGGAGAUGCACAAGUGUAAGAGGAAGGACCUUGCCGCCAUCCACCGCAGCAUGGCCAACCCGGAGGAGCUGGACAAGCUGAUCUCAGACCGACCGGAAAGCUGCAGGCGCCCCGGCAAACCUGGCGAGCCCCAGGUCCCCUUGCUGCUGCGCCCCACCUCAGUGACAGUGACCACAGCGGCCCCUGGAUGCCUGGCCGUCUCCCAGCUCCCUCCUCAGCCACUGAGGACCCUGUCCAUGCAAUCGGCCCCCCUGAACCACCAGCUGCAGCCCCGAGGCCAUCUCACCCCAGACUCUCCAGCACCAGCCCAGACCCCACCCCUGCAUGCCAUGCCGGACCUGAGCCCUGGGCCCCUCCCUCACCCCGCCGUGGGAAGGGCCCCCGUGGACUUCGGCAGCAUUGGAGCAGACAUGAGCACCGAGGUGGAUGCCCUGGACCCCAGCAUCGUGGACUUCGCUCUGCAGGGCAACCUGUGGGAGGAGAUGGAAGAAGAUGGCUUCAGCUUGGAUACCUUGGGGGCCUUCGGAGACUCCCCACUUGGCUGUGACCCAGGGGCCCCGGGCCUGACCCCUGUCUCUGGGGGCAAUGACAAAGCCUUCCCAGACGUGAGGGUGACAGGUCUGUACGCCACCACCUACUCGGGCCCAGAUGGUGUGGCUGUGUCAGGCGCCGCCUCUUCUGCUCAGUACCUGGGAGCUCCAGGGAAUAAGCCCAUUGCCCUGCUGUAAACCGCUGGCUCCACCUGCUGGACGACUAGUCACAGCUAG